AAGAGUAAUCAACAUCGGCUGGUGCAGGCAUGGCAAGGGUUAAGGAUGCUGUUUCAAAUGACACCAGUGUGUACUGACCACACCCCUGGGUUUAGCGAGGUUCUUAUAAAAAAGCCCCUGAGUUACCACCGACCUGGAAAAAAACUCUGAAUGUGUUUAGCAUCCUCCUGCUGUAUGUGUCUUUGUGUUUUAAUAACUAUGUUGGCGUUGGCCCCUUGAUGCAAGCAGACUCGUACGGCGCUCCAUUCAGGAGUUCUCCAAGACCGACAUUCCCAAACUAUCCCAAGUUUGGCUUGAGUCAGACUUUCCUGUUGAAAGGGAAAUUUGAACUGAGAGCUACUGUGCAGGGAGGGGUACGUCUCUGUUUAGUAGACUGAUAUUUUGUGGAUAGUCCACUUUCAGGUCACCAUGUGGGAAUUCCGCUCUGUGUCCUUCUGGCGGGCGGUGUUCGCUGAGUUCUAUGGCACCAUGUUAUUUGUCUUCUUUGGCUUGGGAGCUGCACUCCGCUGGACCACAGGGCCCCACAACGUCCUGCACGUUGCCUUCUGCUUUGGCCUGGCGGCCGCUACAUUUGUCCAGUCCAUUGGCCAUAUCAGCGGCGGACACAUCAACCCUGCGGUGACCUUUGCAUUCUUGAUUGGCUCCCAAAUGUCACUGUUUCGCGCUGUCUUCUACAUAGUUGCCCAAUGUCUAGGAGCCCUGGCUGGCGCCGCUGUGCUCUAUGGGGUCACACCCAUCAACAUGAGGGGCAACUUGGUCCUGAACACGCUGCAGCCAGGGAUCAGUAUGGGCAUGGCCACCACCAUGGAGGUCUUCCUUACCUUGCAGCUGGUGGUUUGCAUCUUUGCUGUGACGGACGAACGUCGCAACGGACGCUUGGGAUCGGCUGCCCUGGCUAUUGGGUUCUCUGUGCUGAUGGGACAUCUUCUCGGGAUUUACUACACCGGAGCAGGGAUGAACCCAGCAAGGUCCUUCGCUCCAGCUGUCCUGGUCAGGAAUUUUGUCAAUCAUUGGGUUUACUGGGUGGGGCCUAUGAUCGGCGGCACUAUUGGUGCUCUGCUCUAUGACUUUAUGCUCUUCCCGCGAAAGCACAGCCUCUCAGAGAGGCUCGCCACGCUGAAGGGCACUCGGCCCCCUGAGGCCGAGGGCCCGCAGGAAACCAGAGGAGAGCCUGUGGAGCUGAAGACGCAGGCCCUAUAAAGCUGUAGGAGAAUGAUGCUCAUCAAACACCAGUUUCCAUUUCAAUCCUUAUGACAGCAGAACUGGGUCUCUUUACAGGACAAGGAUGAAGGCUUUUGACUGGCAUCUUUUUCCAAUUUCUUGUUUUUUGUUGUUGCUGUUAGGAAUGAAGCUACAGUAGAGACUUCAGCACGCUCUUCGAUUUUCAACUGCCAAAUUUUGCCCUUUGCUAUGUUUUCCUUAAUUUUAUGAACCCAUUAUACUUCACCAGAAUUUCAUUUUUUUAAAAAUGUGUCAGCAUAAUUUUUGUCAGUCUAUGUGUAUGGGCUUGUUUUACAUUUCUUUCCUUUUGUUCAAAUGCACAUGCUUAGUAAUUUCAAAUCAUUCAAACUUAUUUUGAUGACAUGUACAAAUAAUUACUGCCCAAGGUCAAUUAAUCAAACUAUUUGUAGAGUGCUUUUUAUACAUAUUCAAUAUAAAAGCAUGUCAUAAUUUCUACUAUUUUAUUAAAAAAUUUCAAUAUGUGGAAAUACAUGCUUUUUAUUGCCCAACAUUAAUUAAGAAAUUUACCUUGAGCAAUAUUUGAAGCCUUAUCAUUUUGUCGUUUUGGAACAUAACGUGCAUACAGUAUGCUGACAUUGUGGAUGCCCAAUGAAAAGCAUAGCUCUCCAAAUGUUUCUCUUUCUAGCCAAAAGCAAAAUUUGUUUUUGUUGGCUAUCACACUCAAAAACUAUUAUUGGACAGGUACAUAAAAUGCAAAGUCAGCAUCUUUGUCAUAAUUGGAGCCUUUUGAAAAACCUCUAUUAAUGCAGUUUUUUUUCUGUUGAAAGUAAUUUUAAAAAAAGUUGCCGCCGAAACGGUCUGAAAAAGGUUUUAAGGUAAGACCUACAUAAUUUGUCUGGACAAAAGAAAACAAACAAAGGCUAAUCACAUUAUUGUUAUCAGCUCAUUGACCAGACAUUGAACCAGGUUCUGCUGUUUCCUUUCCUGCGUGGCUGGUGGAGCAGAUUUCAGUGAUGCAAUAACAGGCUUUAACUUUUUUUAUAUAAUGUACAGUGUAAAGUUGCCUUCUCUCUUUUUUUUUUUUUUUUCUAAUAAGGUUUGAGGAUUGUUGAUAGUAAUAAUACCGUAAUAAUCAUAUACACCUGUGAUGUAAUUGUGUUCUCUUUGGCUGAUGGAAGCAAUGCAAAGCAGCAGUUGACACAGCCACAUGGGUCUCAUUUAUUAUCACAGUACAGGCAAGUCUGCCCAAUUGGCGAGCACGGAUUUCACUUUGCCAAAUUUAUCCUAAAAGUCUUGUCUGCCAUUCUUUGUUUAUUGACAGUUGAAAAGAGCACAACAAAUUGAUAGCCUUAUAAUGCCAGAAAUAUUUUCAGGUUUUUUUCUCAGUGUUUUUCAUUUCUUUUACUGAGAGCUGUUCCCAUCUGUUUUUCUGCUCAAUCAAGGCUGUCUGGUUUUUUUUGAGCUUGUAUUUCCAUUCAUGUGCUCUACCUGAACAUGAACUGUACUUCAGUAAAUCAUUAGCAGUUCUCCAAAUAAGAGGCACAAUGUUUUGCUUAUAGCUGUUUAUUUGUCAUGAAUGUUCAUUUAAAGUACAAUUUUCAACUUGGCAUCAGUGCCAUUAUCAAUGUCAUAUAAUUAGAGACUACUGACGGACGAUUAUAAAAAAAAAAAUGCAUGUGAAUGUCUCAGAAUAUAUUUUUUGGGGAAUAUUAUUGAAAUUAAAAAAGUUUUUUUUUUUUAAAUGAAUGAAAAACUACACACCCUUACAUUUGGGACUACUUGUGUGUGCUUAUAAAUCAAAGUUCAGAUUUCUUAAUUUAUUUAGUCAGUGCAUCUUAUUUAUAUGUAUUUGUUUGAAUAUCUAUUUUUAUGGUACAAUUUGCUGCUAAAUUAGACAACAUGGUGCCAUGUUGCUCAUUGCCCAAGAUAUACUGGCAUCAUGUUUGUUUAAAGUCCGGUCUUCCGGUCCCCUGUUGAGCCUUUUUUUCCCCCAGGUGUAUACCUACUCUAAUACACCUAAAUCUCGAUUUUACUCGCUUCGAUUUUUAAUUCUGUCUAACACGGUUUGGUCAUGGACCCCAUUUUUUUUUUUUUGGUCAUAAAUAAAUUUCCAAGUGGUAACCUAAACGGAUGAUAUAACGACCAUACGAAGCUAAGAGACCAGCGCGUAAACCUUAGGGCUAGUGAUUUUAUGAAUUUCUGCGACCAAUUUAAAAGGAUUUAAUUAGAAGAAAUCGUGCUAUUUGAUCUUUAUGACUGCUUUAUUACAGUGUUAGGGAUAGCUAGGAUUGUUUUUGAUUCGGAAAGGGGGAAGUUCCCGGAAGCACCUCAUCCACACACUCACUCGCAAUUCAAAAGAGCGUGGCCGGACACAGUAGAAUAAGGGGCUGCUUUAUUCUCUCUUCCAAACAAUUCACAUAAUAUCAAAAUGAUUUAGUCAAUCCGCCUGAUAUUGUCAUUUGCGUAUUGCGUCUCAUAAAAUGUCAACAGACUUUGAUGUGUGUGGAGACGGACAACAAACGGACCUUUUUGGCUGUUCACCAACGUACCUGAUGUAAAUUAACGUAAAAAAGGACCCCUUCAGUUCCUAAAAACAUGCCUUUCUAAAAAGAAAAAAAGAAAACUUUCUAUACAACGCGCUUUAGGGGUUAACGUGAUUCCCAAAUUCUGGACCCCAAAGUUCGCUUAAAAUCGAGAUUUAGGUGUACAACCGAUUCAAAUGAUUAGCACAUCAGCAAGCGUUUGCAAAUGCCUGAUAACAAACUUGCUUCCAUUAAUUUUCGAGCGCAGCCAGAAAUUGGCACAUUUCCCUAUUCGGAGCGUCUAGUCCAGGGGUGGGCAAACGUUUUGACUCGCGGGCCGAACCGGGUUCUAAAUUUGGCCCGGAGGGCCAAACCAGGAGCAGAUGGACGUAGUGUUUGUGGGAAGUAAUAUAAGCGACCUGUAAAGGUCAUUGCAUAAAAUAUUUUGGCCUUUAGUAGGUAGUAAAGCAUGGAUAUUCCAAACAAGUUUUUUGAAAACAAAUGCAUUUAUUAACAGCAUUAAUUUUUUUUAAUAAUAAUUCACUAAAAAACUGCUAUCAGUGAUUCUCAUAAAAUACGACACUGUUAUUAUGAAUAACAGUCUCCAUCACUUCAGUGCCUGCAGGUCAGAUUAAUGACAGAUGUUUAUCUUAUGAGAUCACAUCAAACGGCAAACAUUCUGACCAAAUAUAUCAUCUUGAAGAAUCGGUGAAAGCAUACACCCAAAUAAAGUAAUCAAAACGGCAACACGUUGAGGGGUAUCUGAAAAUCAGAGCAGAGUUUUAACUCGCAAACACCUGGUAACAGAAGUGAGGAAACGGGAAACACUUCCUUAAAGUAAGCCUUGAGAACUUUACAGGUUAAGAUUAGUCGCAAACAGGUGGUGCAUCAAUGUCUUUGAGCAUCCUGCAUUGUUUGAAAAUGAGAAUGGUCGCUAGUUUCAAUCCCUGCUAUGUGUACAAAUCAUAUUCAAAAUGCCUCCCCUUCAUUUUCAGUGGGAAGUGUUGUUGGUCUCUCUUUUUCGCUAGUGCGUCAUAGUCUGGAGUAAAAUUUGUUGUGGCAAUUCUUAGGCGAGAUCCGAGGUGUUGGUCCGUUUACCUCGAUCUGUGACGGACGGGUUGAUGUUGACGUUCAUGUGGCUGAACGUCACGUCGCGUACGUCGAGCCAAAUUGGCCACUCUCUUUCAAACGCUCGGCACUGUGUCCACCUUGCUUUUCCUUGGGCGACUCAUUUUAAUGGAAGGAUUCCAGGGGAAGGUUUGUGGGUGGCUUUAGCGCAAAACUGCAUCUGAAAGCUCAGCCCGCGAAUUACAAGAAUGCUGUCGUCACAGCCCACGCUCUAAAUUCGGGACUGAUCCAAAUAGAGCGCGAGUGCGCCAUGUACGUACACGCACUUGUGAGUGUGCACCGAGCUUUCUGACACGGCUUCCGGUAGUAAAUGCGCAGGCGAGCGCUUCCCCAUCUACUGGGGAAACGCAGUCAUUGCAGGCAAAAUGACCAAAAAAAAAAGUUUAAUAAUAAAAUUUGUUCAUGGUUGGCGGGCCGGAUUAAACGGUCGCGUGGGCCGGAUGUGGCCCGCGGGCCGUAGUUUGCCCACCCCUGGUCUGGUCCAUAGGUCAGCAACCCAUGGCUCCGGAGCCACAUGUGGCUCUUUCAUCCUUCUGUUGUGGCUCCCUGUGACUUUGGAAAAUAAUGAGUAUUUUAUAAAAAAGGUAAUUUUAUUUUUGUUUGUUCAUUUUAAAAUAUAAUUCUGAAUUUGAAGAUUAUGGUAAACUUGUAACAUUAAAAUUAAACAUUUUCAAUAUUUCUACCGCCCGAAAUACGCGUCACAUCCGCCGAUGUGCGACAUUCGAAUUCCUGGCGUUCCUCACGUCUGGCAGCUGGCGUUUCUCCAGCACAGUACCAGCGUGAUAACUAUAUAUUAAGUGAAGUAGUCCUAUUUUUUAAUUCAGGAGGACAACUGGCUGCACACUCCAGUACACGCGAUGGGACAGAAGCAGACUGCGCAUUUUUUCGGUUUGCAUUGUUCGUUCAGUGCUGGUGGAUAAUAUUUGGAUAAAUUUGGAUUUUUAUCUCAUAAAUAAGAGGACAGGGGACUGCAGGCUGUUUGCAUUUUUUGUUCAGUGGGUUGGGUAAGUUUGGAUUUUUAUUUCUUAAAUACGAGGACUCAAAUAGACACCGGGUAUUUUAUUUGAAAUUAAGCAUCAACCAAGUAUGAAAUGCUUUUUGUUACAUGCAGAAAUAAAAUUCUGUGUUCUCUAAAGCAGUUUGUUGAUUUCAUUUUCAUAAAUGCAAAAGUUUUUUGUACAUAGCAUAAUAUAUACAUGCAUAAUAUACCGUGAUUUUCCACGCAUAAUGCGCAAAAUGUAACUAAUUUAUUGUCCUAAAAUCUGGGGUGCGCAUUAUGCAUGGGUACAACAAUUUUUGAAGAAAAUCUCCCUCGAAAUAAAACUUGAAAUCACACCUUUCGUCUUGUUUGUUGUCAAUCGCGCAUCGCAUUCAGCCAUCCUGCCCAACACACUUAGGCAGUAAAAUUCAUAAUUGACGACACAUCGUUUGAUGCGAUGGUGCAAUCCUUGAUGGUGUGUUAUUGUCAAAUAUUGUUAGUUUUUUAAUCUCCAUCGCAGAGCGGAUAUCAUACGGAGCCCGCCAUGACAGUAUGCGCAGAAUGGAUGCGCAAGACACGUCAGCUAUAUAAAGAGCGAGAGUUCAGUUCUCUACCUUAAUGCGUAUUACAGGUAAUAUUUGAUUUCACAACACUUUGCCUUGUUCCUUUCGUCUCUGCUGUUCACUUCAAACACGCUCCAUACGAACACAAUGCUCUCGUAUCAGACGCUUGCUCGAUCACCUGCUCGUUUGCUGUCACAAUGUACCCUACACAAAUCCGAAACAUUUCUUCGCUAUCGAGUUUGCUCGCGCAUGCGCAGUGAUACUGACCGGCAGAAUAACAUCCGGUUGUUCCCAAAUAUGAUCUUUCUUCUGAAAUAAUCUUACGUUUACGGACUUAAGUAAGAGUCAAAAUUUGGGUGCGUAUUAUACAUGGGUACAGGCUUUUUUCCAGCAUCGACAUGCCAUUUUUAGGGUGCGUAUUAUGCACGGGGGCGUAUUUUACAUGGAAAAUCACGGUAUGUAAUGAUGUCAAAAUGGGUCGUGGCUCCGGGUGCUUUAUUUUCAUUGGGGGGCGGUCCCAAAUGG